CAGAGUAUUAUUUUUCGAUAAUCAUAAACUUUCACCUAAAUCAAUUUUUGUCGACGAAAAAUCCGAAAAAGUUUGAUUAAAAUCAUUUUCUCGAUCUUAGUUGGUGAAUUGUAUUGUUUGCGGAUAUUAUACCGUAUGGAGUGAGUGUGAGCAAACCGUGAAAAAUGUUCUGAUAUCGACAGCAAAGUGCGACACAAAGAGAGCUCGUUAGUGCUGCGUACUUUAAGGCUCCAUUUUUGGUGGCAGAGCACCCCGGUUAUCAAGGCAAACGAGCAAACGCAAGAAAUGUCCAAAACUGUGAAACGACCCGCGGCUGGAAUCUAUCCAAACUGCUACAUUCCCUCUCGUUUGGACGACCGACGGCAGAGGGCACGGAUUCUGCGACAGGAGCGAAGACGAAAACCCGACAAACCGGAUGAUUUUGUCACCUACGAGGACAGUGAUAGUGAAGAGGAAACUCCAGCUCAACAGCAUCAGGUCCUAAGUACGUCGUUCAAUUUUGUGGACUACGUUCGCAGUCGGGAGUCUGAUUUACAGGAAGUACGCAGCGUAGAUCCGGCUUAUGCCAGCAGGCAUAUCUUGACCCAUGAUAUGUUCAAGGAAACCCCUAUCGCGCUGGGGAACAUCAACAAGGUUUUCUGUUCGCAGUGGCUCAGUAAUCGGCAGGUGGUGUUUGGUACGAAAUGUAACAAGCUGAUGGUGUACGACGUAAACACCCGAAAAGUCGAUGCGAUUCCAACAUUGCCAAAUAGCCGUGGAGCAAGUCCAGAUACUCAGUCCGGAAUUCACGCAUGUCAGAUUAAUCCGAGCCACAGUUGGCUGGCGACGGGAGCUCGGCAUUCGGCGGAUAUUGCCAUAUAUCGACUUCCAACGCUUGAUCCCUUGUGCAUUGGCGAGAACGGCCAUCGAGAUUGGGUUUUCGAUAUGUGUUGGUUGGAUGAUCAAUUUCUGGUAUCCGGUUCUCGCGAUACCAAAGUUGCCCUGUGGCGCAUCAAUGAAGACAAUAUGGAAUUUCCCGUCGCCAAGGAAGGUGAAGAACAGGAAGCUGUCCCGAAGUAUGCACACAUUAGUCCGGUUGCGAUAAAGGAAUGCCGGGGAGCACAGAAGAUCCGGGCACUUUGCUUCCACAAAGAGUAUCGGGAAAUCGCAUUGCUUUCGCUCAACGGAUAUAUGCACCUGUUCAAUGCGGAAACGUUUUCGCAAAAGCUGUCCCGAAAGCUACCGAACUGUCAGGAGAAUGUAUGCAUUGCUUGCCAACCUAACGGCCUGUACGCAGUCGGUUGUCGGUCGUAUACGUUGCUGCUGGAUCCGAGAACACUGCAGGCAGUGAAAAAGAUCGCCUCCCGUUAUAGUGGUUGCGGUAUUCGCUCGGCCAGUUUCCAGGGUAACAUUCUGACCAUCGGAACGGGACUGGGAAUGUUGAUGUUUUACGACAUUCGUGCUGGAAAGUAUCUCGAAUCGCAAACCAGCGCCUCUCGCACGGUAGUGCUAAAGGCCAGCCGAGGCUACGUAGCACAAUUUCCCGAAGAGGAGAUCGACAACUUCCAGCAAAUCAAAUACGUUCCGGCUAUCUACACACACUGUUACGAUAGCAGCGGUACCAGACUGUUUACGGCCGGAGGUCCCCUUCCGGCUACGCUCAUAGGUAACUACGCGGGCAUUUGGCAAUAGACGAAUGACAAACCCAACCCUGGGAGUGAUAUGCAGAAGGCUCCUUCAAGUAGGAAAAUAAAGGUAUAGUGUAUAAUUUAUUUUCUUCAGUCCCUCACCACGACUUAAGAUACAUCGACAAACCUACCUAUUUACCUUAUCGAGUUGAUUCGAGUGCUGAGUUUGAUCGGCGAGAAUAUGAGGUUUUCAAGCGGCUACUUACAGACGAAUCUUGACGUCAGGCACAAUGUGUAUUGAACUUUUUUUUUUCGGAUAUCAGACAGUUUUUCGAACAUUCUAAAAUUCUCUUUAAACAUUAAGCACCGUAAUGCACCGAAAUCUGGAUAUUCCAUGAGAAUCUUCACCGUGAAUUUUCAACUAGAUUUCUUAUUUUCUGUGUUGAAAUUGCUUUAAAUUGAUGUUUACUUUGGACAAUGCUUAAAAAAUAUGUUUGAAAUUAUAUUAGUAAUAUCACAACAUUUAUAUUUACCGAACAUUUCUCUUAAAAUGGAGUUAAAGUCGAAAUAAUGCUAUGAUUAGGUCAUGUUGUCACGGCACGCAGUGUUUUACUUCUGUCAGGGUUACUUCCAUUGAUUUCGCAUUAAAAAUGUGUUAUGGAAAUAUGGAAUCAUAAAAUAUUUUGAUAGUUUGUAUUUGAAAGUAACAAGAAGUUUGAUAAAUAAAACCUAGUUGAAGAUGCUAAUUUCAAAUAACAGACUAGUGGUAAUUUUUAUACGAUAGAUGGAGUAGAUGAAAGCAUAGAGUUGAUAGUUCCGUUAGAGUACGGCAGUGUGAAAAUUGCAUAUAGAGAGUUGACAGCGAGUUAGGACAACUUUUAAGGAAGGUACAAAUCGGUUUUUUCAUCUCUCUUUACCAAACUCCCCCUUUGGAGAGGGAUGGUGAGGGGUGUGUGUCCCCCCCCCCACCACGCCUCCACUGUCAAAAAUAAAACCUGCCAAUUUCCCUUUAUGAUGGUUGUAAUAAGCGAUUUUAUAAUGUUCUCGCACCCAUUCUUCAUUCUUCGCGAACAGCGAUCAGAAAAACGCAAAAUUGACAGGUUUUAUGUGUACAACACAUUCCGUACAAAUUCUUAUUGUAACUUACAAAUACAAAAUAGCAUUAUAACGUUUGUACGACAUUUCGCGGAAUUUCGUGAAACGAAUUUUAUUUUGAUUAUUGCCUUACACACAUUUUGUGUUGGAGGUUAGG